AUGGCUCACCUCUACCCGCAGAAAUACACCGUCCCCCGCGCCAGACCGUUAACCGCCCGCGAACAAAUACAAGUCGACCUGUACCGCCAGCUGCGCGAACGCUUCCACGAUGGCCCGUACUACUCCGUGCUCAAGAGCGACUCGUCCAGCGCCAAGAAGGACAGCUCUGCGCGCGCCGAGUUCGAUCCCUUCCACGGCAUGCCCUCGUACUCGGGCAGGUAUCAGAAGAAGCGGCGGGCGGCGCCGAACCUGAAAGGCCGGCCGUACGUGAUGAAGUUCUUCCCGCGCGACGACUUGUGGCGGACGAUCCAGCCAAGCUAUAAGCCCGGUUCGACGUUGGAUGGGUUUGUGGCGCAGGGCCCGCGGACGGGGGUCAAGCGUGGGUUCGAGCUGGACGAUGACGAGGACGAGGAGGAGGAUGCGAAGCGGGCGCGGGGCGAUGGGGAUGAGGAUGAUGCGGAGGGCGCCGCGGACGAUGCGCUGGAUGGAGACGAGGACCAGGAGGAGGAGAUUGUGGACGAUGACUUUGAGGAAGAUGACGAUGAGAUGGGCGGGGACUACAAUGCGGAGCAGUACUUUGAUGGCGGCGAGGAUGACUUUGGGGACGAUGGGUUUGGGGAUGGCGGCGGCGGCGGUGACGAAGAUACGUACUAG